CUCCGCGGAGGACUCUUGCCCAGUGGUACACGUGUCCGACUCUCCCGAAGACUUCAGACAUAUCCUUCGCUUCUACAUGCCUAGGGAUAACUCGAACCCGUUUGACUCCGGAGAACCAUCCUUUCACAUGAUCUCAGCCGCGGUUCGGCUCGGCCAAAAGUACCAAAUGUCGAAUCUGUUCGAACAUGCGAUCGGACACUUGGGGAAGUACUACACGACGCAGUUCGACGUUUGGGAGGCGCAGACGCGUACGGCACCCCUUGGCUUUCAUGACAACGCACACUCGAUCGGUGUGGUGAAUCUCGCCCGCCUAACAGGCGAGGCCAGCCUGCUCCCUGUAGCCCUCCUCUGCUGCUGCAUGCUUCGCGCAGCGAUUAUCACGGGCUUCAAGCGUGAAGACGGGACACGCGAGCAGCUAGCGCUCGACGAUAUCGGCCGGUGCUUCGUCGCCAAGGGCCGGCUCAUCGCGGAGUCCGUCCGCAUCGCCCUCUGCGUCUUCGAGCCGAUCGUCGCGAAAAAGUGCACGGCCGCUGCCGGGUGCAAGUCUGCGCUCGCCACGAUGCUCAGGAUGCUCAAAGACCGCGUGUCCGACAUCACCAUGGUGGACCCGUUCCUGUCGAGUCACGACAUGUUCACUGGGCCGGACGUCCACGUUUGCCGGCACUGCAAGACGAUGUUGGAGGCGCGCGACCUGCAUGAGAGGCGUGCGGUGUGGGCGCGGUUGCCGGAGAUAUUGGGAAUCGAUCCGAUUGCGGCUUGGCCUUCAGAAAAUGCGGACGGGGAUGACGGUGGUGAUGCGUAGGCGAAGCUGGCUAUGUAUGCCGAGCUUGCAAGUUUACUGUAUACUUUGUUUACACCUGACCUUGGUCUUCUCGCGAUUUAUUAUAUAUUACUAAUCUUCGCCGCACGUCUAUGG